UAGCUUUAAAAAAAAGUAGAAAAUGAAUAGGUAGCUGUCCAAUCGAACCCAAAAUACGAUGAAGAUUCUUUCUUCAAAGAGUCCAAACCAAACAUCAAACACUACUACUGAUAUAAUAUAAUACCCUCUCCUCUCUUAAGUCCUCUCCGCCUCCAACCACCGUCCUCCGCCGCCGGACUCCACCCUCUCCGGCAACCUUCUACAGAGAGAGAGAGAGCAAAAAAGUGGAUUGUUAUUGGUGUUUUAUGGCAUGCUUUGGUAAUAGGAAGCACUGUAUCCAAGGAAUUAUACGGAGAUUAAUCGUCAUCGUCAAUUUGAAGUAAUGAAGAUUUGGUGUUCCUUUGGUCGUUUCAUUCUCGCUAUCUCUAUCUUAUUCACUCCUAAAGUACUUCUGGCAGUGGAAGCAUUCACUGGAACUUAUGGGAUAAACUAUGGUAGAAUUGCAGAUAACAUCCCCUCUCCUGAUAAAGUUAUUACACUCCUCCGAGCAGCAAAGAUUAAGAAUGUUCGAAUAUUUGAUUUUGAUCACAGUGUCCUUCAGGCUUUCAGUGGAACAGGGCUUGAAUUAGUGGUUGGACUUCCAAAUGGAUACGUGAAAGACAUGAGUUCUAACCCGGAUCAUGCCCUGACUUGGGUCAAAGAAAAUGUGCAGGCAUACCUUCCCGAGACACACAUCCGUGGGAUUGCUGUGGGAAAUGAAGUUUUGGGAGGGACUGAUCAAUCACUAUUUGAAUCGCUUUUGGGUGCAGUGAAAAAUAUAUACAAUGCCACAAAAGAGCUUCAGUUGGAUAAAUUAGUUCAGAUUUCCACUGCACAUUCAGAGGCUGUUUUUAAUAAUUCUUACCCUCCCUCUUCCUGUACUUUCAAAGAGAGUAUUGCACAAUAUAUGAAGCCACUCUUGGAGUUCUUCUCACAGACUGGGUCCCCUUUCUGUUUGAAUGCUUAUCCAUUUCUUGAUUAUAUGAAUAAUCCAAAAGAAAUUGAUAUAAAUUAUGCUCUUUUCCAGUCAACUCAGGGAAUAUAUGAUCAGAAAACUGAUCUGCAUUAUGACAACAUGCUCGAUGCUGAGAUUGAUGCAGCUUAUGCUGCACUGGAAGAUGCUGGAUAUAAAAAGAUGGAAGUUAUAGUUACGGAGACUGGUUGGGCUUCUGAUGGAGAUCAAAAUGAAGCUGCCGCCACAGUAAGCAAUGCAAGGACUUACAAUUAUAAUCUCCGCAAGAGGCUUGCCAAGAGGAAGGGGACCCCCCGCCGGCCAAAAAGUGUGUUGAAGGUAUAUGUUUUUGCAAUGUUUAAUGAAGAUUCGAAGCCUGGUCCAGCUUCCGAGAGGAACUUUGGACUGUUUAAAGCUGAUGGGAACAUUUCAUACGAUAUUGGGUUUGCUGGGCUGAAAUCUUCAUCUGCAACAUCAUUUUUUUUGUCUUUAAAGGAUAUUCAAGCUCAAGGUUCAUCCAGGUUGUACUCACUCAUAUUGACAGCCUGUGUCGCUUCUCUUCUAAAAUUCACGACGAUGCAAGUUUUGAUGCACAGCUCUUAGUUUAUAUACCAGAUAAGAAUUCAUGAACUCUCUACAUAGUUGUAGGUUUGGUAUAUCUCACGUUAGAUUCCAGUGCAUCAUCAUCAUCAAUUCUUGUUGCUCUGCGAAAAACACAGAGAGGAAUGAACAGCUGAUUCAUUUUUAUCUUUUUCAGCAAUGUAUAUUGGUUUAGUUACAAAUAAAUCUUCUUUAUGAUCACUUUUCGUGUCUGAUUGAUCCUAGUUA